AUGUGGGUGCAAGCACAGCGACGUGAAGGCAACAGGAUACUGAUCCGGCCACAGAACUUCCGCAUCUACAACCAGGCCACAGCUGCCUUACUCGCCCUCGAAGCCGCUCCGCUCCUUCUAAGCCCCAGUAUGGCCGCUUGGAUGGCCUCGUCAGAACCCAAGACCGUUACGGCAUUCGAGACGCUGGUUGCUCGCGAACUGGGCUUCGCUUUGCUGCUUUGUUCUUUCCUCUCCCUACUCUUCUCAGGCGAACUGCAUCGUUUGUGGGAUGAUGCCGACAACGUUCCCAGCGCCUCGGCUACUGCUGCGUCUCCUUACUCAUCAUCCACCACCAUCGCAACCUUGCUCUACCACUUCGCAACCGGUAUUCUGAUGUACGUUUCUGGCACUUCUGCUCAGCUCUCUGGAACCCUGAUCGCUGGUUCAUUGGUGCAUAUGGCGUUGGGCGGUUUUGGUCUCCUGGUCUUGGUCUUUGCAAAUGACGGAAAGAUCAGCAAGCGCACAGGCGCCGACAAGAGGACUUCAGGCUUCAUUUUCAAGAAUCAGGCACAUGUUCAGAAGCAUUCGUAA